AAACCAAACCUAUUUCUUCUUAACCUGUCUACAUUCACUGUACUCCGGUUUCCAUACAAUUUCCACAAUUUAUUUUCAAAUUACCAUUAAACCUUUUAUCAUUCACUCUCUAUAAAUAGGAAUGCCCAAUCCCUGAUUUUACCAAAUCAAUCUUCUCUUUACCUCUCAUCCUAACAGUUAUGGCUGAAACCAAAACAAACAACGUCUUUGUUCCAUCAGGGAAGAAGAGAACUGGCCAGGACGACUUCGACGGCGAUGAUGUUAUUAAAGCUAAGAAAUCAAUGUUGCCAUCGGCUUUGUCUUUCGGGGAUGAUCCUGUCGCUGCAUUAGCCGCCGCACGCCACGAAUUCGGUGAACAUGGUGGUGUUAAUAUGUCCAUUGAGGCCUCUGCUACCUUCACCGUAAUGGAGCCUGACACCAUGCGUCGCAUGUUCUCCGGGGAGCUCGGUCCUGAUCGUGACUUUUUCAUCUACAGCCGUCACUUCAACCCCACCGUCUUAAAUCUUGGCCGCCAGAUGGCUGCUCUGGAAGGCACCGAAGCCGCCUAUUGUACUGCCAGCGGUAUGUCUGCAAUAUCUUCGGUGUUGCUUCAGCUUUGCAGCAGCGGAGGACAUGUGGUGGCCUCAAGGAAUGUGUAUGGCGGUACUCAUGCUCUGUUAAGCCAUUUUUUACCAAGGGCAUGCAAUAUAACGACGACGUUUGUCAAUAUUUUAGAUCUUGAUAUGGUAAAAAAUGCCAUAGUUGAAGGCAAGACCAAGGUCCUGUACUUUGAAUCCAUGUCCAAUCCUACUCUUCAAGUGGCCAACAUCCCUGAAUUAAGCAGAAUUGGCCAUGACAAAGGGGUCACGGUGGUCGUGGACAACACUUUUGCUCCGGUUGUCCUAUCUCCGGCUCGUCUAGGGGCUGACGUGGUUGUGCAUAGUAUUUCCAAGUUUAUUAGCGGUGGAGCUGAUAUAAUUGCAGGUGCUGUCUGUGGGCCAGCGAGCUUGGUGAACUCAAUGAUGGACCUUCAACAAGGGACGUUGAUGCUUCUUGGACCAACAAUGAACGCCAAGGUAGCUUUUGAAUUAUCAGGAAGGCUUCCUCACUUGGGAUUGAGAAUGAGAGAACAUUGUCACAGAGCAAUGGAAUAUGCCACCAGAAUGAAGAAACUGGGACUCAAAGUCAUAUACCCAGGUCUUGAAGAGCAUCCACAACAUCAGCUCUUGAAAUCCAUGGCUAAUAAAGAUUAUGGUUUCAGUGCACUUGUUUGCCUUGACAUGGAAACUGAAGAAAGGGCUAACCGGUUGAUGAACCACUUGCAGAACUACACCCAGUUUGGGCUUAUGGCAGUUAGUUUGGGAUACUACGAGACGUUAAUGUCAGUUUCUGGGAGUAGCACCAGCAGUGAAAUGAGUCCUGAGGAAAAGAAACUAGCUGGGAUUUCGCCUGGGUUAAUUAGGAUGUCUAUUGGGUAUAUUGGCAAUUUGGAGCAGAAAUGGUCACAAUUUGAGAAGGCAAUUUCCAGAAUGCAGGACUCAAGCUUCGGUUACAAGGGUUAAUAUAUAUAUAUAUAUAAAUAAAAAAUAAAAAAAAAAAGAAGGUGCUGUAAUCUUCAAUGUUUUGUGCCUGCAAUAAUAAAAAUCGACCAUUGUUUGGUUUAAAUAUUCUAAA